CCUGUGUUUAGAAUAAAUAUUUGCAUUGAAGCUUUUGGUACUAGCUCCUGACAACAAUGAUGCGGAGAGUUGCUCUUCAUUUUGUGAAAAACACUUGGUGUGACGGCCUUUUUGGGAAAGCAGAGCAGUUACCUAAAAGAUCCAUAAUUUUAUCAGCCUUUAAAAAUAACAACACAUCGGAAACGCAAUCGAAGGUUCCUAAAAUAUACACAAGGACUGGAGACCAGGGGACUAGCAGUCUAUUUACAGGUGAAAGACGUCCAAAAAAUGAUUUCGUUUUUGAUACUCUUGGAGAUGUCGAUGAAGUAUCAUGUAAUGUGGGAUUAUCAAAAAACACAAUGAUGGAGUCGUGGCAGAAUGAAAAUUUUAAGGAACUUGCAAAUCAGUUUGAGAAAAUUCAAUCUGUGCUCCAGGAUGUAAAUUCUUGUGUUGCUACUCCUUUGAGUUCCGCAUCGGAAGCUAGAUUAGAGCGAGUUAAAUUUGACGAUGGGCUUACUGAAGAGUUAGAAGAAUGGAUUGAUUUUUAUACUGCUGAACUACCUGCUUUGAAAAACUUUAUUUUGCCAUCUGGAGGAUUAGCCGCUACACACAUCCAUGUCACAAGAAGUGUUUGUAGAAGAGCUGAAAGAAAAGUCGCGUCUCUUGCUGCUUCUGGUGAAAUUCAUGGUGAUAUUUCAAAAUACAUGAAUCGUUUGAGUGAUUAUUUUUUUACAAUUGCACGCUAUGUUGCAAUGAUGGAAGGUCAUGUUGAAAAAAUAUAUAAAAAACCAAAAAGGAAGACAGAGAGUAUAGAUGCGAAUUUAGAAGACAAAAUGGAAGAUGCUUGAAUUUCCAUCUUUUUAACUUUCAUGUUGAUGUUCUUUAUUUUAUUUAUUUGUGCAACUUAAUUUUCGAGUAUUAUUAACUAUGGGGGGCCAUAUUGGGGUUUUCUUAUACGAUAUAAAAAUAAUAUGUAGAAAAAGCAUAUUUACACAGGCAAUGGAUGUAUGUUUUAUCAGAUUGUUGUCUUGUUCAGGAGGGUUUCUCAUCAUUUCGUAAGCUAUAGUAUAAUUUCAAACUAUGGCUUUCUAAUUAUCCCAUAUAAAGACAUUCUAUAUAAAACAAAAUAUCUUAUUAAUAAAAUGAAAUAAGAUUGAAUAGAAUCAUUUGGGAUCUUAAAAUAUAUCAUUUUAAUAGUUCUGUUGUGGAAUAUUGUUUUAUCUAAAUUUUUCCAUGCCCCUAUUGUUAUAUUGGUUGUAUGAAACUGGUUUAUGCCAUAACCCUAACCCAGAUCUGUUUAUUUAGA